CAAUUGAUUGAAAUAGUGUUCGAAUUGGUCGCAUUUUACUAUUUAUUAACUUGCAAAGACUUCAAUGAUAAUCCCUUCGAAAUUUACUGCGCCCAACAAGCCUCCAAGCUAUUUACAAAAAUAUCAACUAGAGUCUGCCAUAUUUUUUGGCAACACGCACGUCAGAAUCAAAGUCAGACUGCGCGCCGGACUGUCCAAAGAGUCAACGCUGGACGACUCAACAGCAAUAACAACAGCAGCGGCAGUCACAAGAUGAGCAAGGCAGACCCCAUAUCACUCAGCUUCCACGACUCCUGUCUGCGCAUGUCCGACGUGCAACUGCUGCACGGACCGCGCUGGCUCAACGAUCAGAUCCUGAGCUUCUACUACGAGUAUCUGUCGCAUGUCAAGUACAAGAACAACAAAGACUUGUACUUCAUAGCGCCCGAGGUGACGCAGUGCAUGAAAUACAUGGACGACUCCGAGCUGGAGAUGGUGUUCGAGGACCAUGAUGCCGCGAACAAGCAAUUCAUAUUCUUUGCACUGAAUGACAAUGGAAACACCGAGGCAGGCGGCACCCAUUGGUCGCUGAUGGUGCUCUCGCGACCAGAGAAAACAUUUUUCCACUUCGACUCGUAUGGCAACAACAAUACGGGGCCUUCGAUGGAGCUGAUGGCUAAGGUGAAGGAUCUGCUGGGCGUGCGUCAGGCAAAGUUUCGUCCCAUGCGCUGCCUGCAGCAGGCGAAUGGCUACGACUGUGGCAUCCACGUCAUCUGCAUGACUGAUCACAUAGCCGACUAUGUGAAUCGCUAUGAGGUGAUUGAGGGUCUACCCACAUUGCACAUCGAUACAGUGAAGGCCAAACGCGCUGAACUACUGAAGCUAAUCAUAUCGCUGGGCGGCAAGGACUAAACACGAUUAACUGCUUUCUAUGUUAUAUCCUGUAGCCUUAAGUGACCUUUCAUAAACAACGUUACUAACUGUAAAACGCACUGUGAAUACGACUCAGAGUAUACGCUUACAUUUU